CUGCAGGAGGCACCGUUUGCUUCUGGGCCCGGGGGCGCGGUGGAUCUUGACCUUUGCCCCGGCCGCGUAACCCGUUUCCGGCUUCCGAGCCUCCGGCGAGAUGUUACUGUUGCUGCUGCUGCUGCCCGUGUGCUGGGCCGUGGAGGUCAAGCGGCCCCGGGGCGUCUCCCUGACCAACCAUCACUUCUACGAUGAGUCCAAGCCUUUCACUUGCCUGGAUGGCUCGGCCACCAUCUCCUUUGAUCAGGUCAACGAUGACUACUGUGACUGCAAGGAUGGCUCGGAUGAGCCCGGCACAGCCGCCUGUCCUAACGGCAGCUUCCACUGCACCAACACUGGCUACAAGCCCCUGUACAUCCCCUCCAGAUGGGUCAACGAUGGAGUUUGCGAUUGUUGUGAUGGGACCGACGAGUACAACAGCGGGACCGUCUGUGAGAACACCUGCAAAGAGAAGGGCCGGAAGGAGAGAGAGACCCUGCAGCAGAUGGCAGAAGUUACCCGCGAGGGCUUCCGCCUGAAGAAGAUCCUGAUUGAGGACUGGAAGAAGGCCCGGGAAGAGAAGCAGAAAAAGCUCCUCGAGCUCCAGGACGGAAAGAAAUCCCUGGAGGACCAGGUGGAGAUGCUGCGGACGGUGAAGGAGGAGGCCGAGAAGCCAGAGAAGGAGGCCAAAGACCAGCACCGGAAGCUGUGGGAAGAGCAGCAGGCCGCCUCCAAGGCCCAGCGGGAGCAGGAGCUGGCGGCCGACGCCUUCCAGGAGCUGGACGACGACAUGGAUGGGGCGGUCUCGGUGACUGAGCUGCAGACACACCCGGAGCUGGACACGGAUGGGGAUGGGGCGCUGUCAGAAGGGGAGGCCCAGGCCCUCCUCGGGGGAGACGCGCAGACGGAUGCCGCCGCCUUCCGUGACCGCGUCUGGGCUGCCAUCAGGGACAAGUACCGGUCCGAGGUGCUGCCCACUGAGCAGCCAGUGCCUUCCACACCUGAGCUGAUGGAGCCCGAGGAGGAGCAGCCCCCGGUGCCCUUGCCGCCCACGGAGGACGAGGAGGACGAGGAAGAGGAGGAGGAGGAGGACGAGGAGGAGGAUACCCAGGGGCAGGGGGAGCAGCCCAAGGAGGCCCCGCCCCCACUGGUGCCCCCCCAGGCGGCCAGCCCCAGCGAGGAGGACACGAUGCCACCCUACGACGAGCAGACGCAGGCCUUCAUCAACGCCGCCCAGGAGGCCCGCAGCAAGUUUGAGGAGGCCGAGCGGUCCCUGCGGGAAAUGGAGGAGUCUAUCAGGAACCUGGAGCAGGAGAUCUCCUUUGAUUUUGGCCCCGACGGGGAGUUUGCCUACCUGUACAGCCAGUGCUACGAGCUGGCCACCAACGAGUACGUCUACCGGCUCUGUCCCUUCAAGCUGGUUUCCCAGAAACCCAAGCUAGGCGGCUCCCCCACCAACCUCGGCACCUGGGGCUCGUGGGCUGGCCCCGAGCAUGACAAGUUCAGCGCCAUGAAGUACGAGCAGGGCACGGGCUGCUGGCAGGGCCCCAAUCGCUCUACCACCGUGCGCCUGCUGUGCGGGAAGGAGACGGCGGUGACCAGCACUACGGAGCCCAGUCGCUGCGAGUACCUCAUGGAGCUGACGACACCGGCUGCCUGCCCAGAGCCGCCACCCGAACCACCUGCCGAUGGCGACCACGACGAGCUCUAGCCCUGCCCCGAGCAGAGAACCUCAAGGCAUGGAACCAGCCCCAGCAGUGCCGGCCACCCGCCCUUCAGUCUGUGGACCAAGGCCUGUUCCUCUGGGUCUACUUGCCCUCCCCAGGGGGCAGAAACCGUGUGGGGCUCCGUGUCCUGCCCUCUGGGGUCCAGGGGGCAGAGCCAUGUUCCCAGGCCCCAGCCACCUCCAGAGAUGGAAUAAAGGAGCUGGCCCUCCCUGGGUCCCCACCCUGGUGGCUCACCCCUGCCUCGCCCCCUGCCCAGGGCAUCUGCCUCCCCUCCUGGUGGGGAUGAGUGACUUGACCUGUGACCUCGAAACAAUAAACGUGAUCCCCCCGAA